UGUGUUGUAAAUUUCAAAGGUAGUACUUACUGUGGUGGAAGUAUUUUAAUUUUUUUGUGGUAUUGAUUAGCUUAUCGCUCUUAUUAAAAAAAAUGUGGGAUGAUGAUGAUACUGUAGUUACAACUCAACAGGUUGGAAUUUAUGUAGAGAUGAAGAAGCAGCUAUUAUGUUUCUUCAAAUGAAGAUUGUGUUCAAAUAGCCACCCUCAUAAAUUGUUAUUCAGAGCUGAAAUGGCUGUGUAGCCUUCCCAUAUGUUGGGAAAGAAGUUGCCCAGGACAGUUUUUUUGAAUAAUUAAGCAAUAAUCUUCAGGAAAUUCAUUGGCUGCUGGAAAUGGAUUUUAUGUUGGACGGGGCCGAGGUUUUGGUAACAUGGCGGCCAUGAAUGAUUCACUUCCAACAGUUGGUAGUAAAUCAAAUAAUUCUGGUGGUUGGGAUGAUGGUUACUCAGCUCCAUCCAAAAGUCAGUCUUCUGGUUGGGAGGAAGAUGACUGGGAUAAACCAGCUGCUAAUAACAAUAAACAAAGUAGUUGGAAUGAUGACAGUGAUAGAAGACAAAAUACAGCUCCAGCUAAAACAGAGUCUUCUGGCUGGGAGGAAGAUGACUGGGAUAAGCCAGCUGUUAAUAACAAUAAGCAAAGCAGUUGGAAUGGUGAUAGCGAUAGAAGACAAGGCAGUAGCAGGAAUUUCAGAAAUAAUGAUCAUGAUGAUCGUGUGACACGAGAUUAUGGUGAUAGAGAUGGUGGAGGAAGAAAAUGUUUCAAUUGCAAUGAAACUGGUCAUAUGUCAAGAGAUUGCCCAAAUAAGGACAGUCGGGGUGGAGGUGACAGCCGUGGUUCUGAUAGGUCAUGUUAUAAAUGCAACCAAAAAGGCCAUAUUUCUAGAGACUGUCCUAAUGAAGGUAGUGGUGGUGGUGGAGGUUCUGAUCGAUCAUGUUAUAAAUGCAACCAAAAAGGCCAUAUUUCUAGAGACUGUCCUAAUGAAGGUAGUGGUGGUGGAGGUUCUGAUCGAUCAUGUUAUAAAUGUAAUCAAAAAGGCCAUAUUUCUAGAGACUGUCCUAAUCAAGAUAGUGGUGAUUAUAAUUCUAACAGUGAUCGUGGUAACAGAGGAUCUGGCUGCUACAAAUGUCAUGAAGAUGGCCAUAUGGCUAGAGACUGUCCAAAUUCAAACAGUGAUCGUAGCAACACUAGAAGUUCUGGUUGUUACAAAUGUCAUGAAGAAGGUCAUAUUGCCAAAGACUGUCCAAACUCUGAUGGUGAUCGUAAUACCACCAGAGGUUCCGGAUGUUUUAAAUGUAAAGAAGAAGGUCAUAUGGCUAAAGAUUGUCCAAAUAAUCUUGGGGAAGAUGGUAAACCCAGACCACCUCCUUAUGUACCUCCUGAACCUUCAGAGGAUGAAGAUAUAUUCCAAGGAGUUCCUACUGGAAUAAAUUUCUCAAAGUAUGAUGAGGUACAUGUAGAUGUAUCAGGAACAAAUGUUCCUCGACCAAUAGACUCUUUCCAAUCGUCUGGUCUUUGUCAGCACCUUUUACAAAAUAUUUCUAAGUGCAAUUAUACAAAGCCAACUCCAGUUCAGAAGUAUGCAAUUCCCAUAAUCCUGCAGAAACGAGAUUUGAUGGCAUGUGCACAAACUGGUUCUGGAAAAACGGCUGCAUUUUUGCUUCCAAUUUUAAACGACAUGAUCCCUAAUCCAAAUCUUCCUAAUAAUAAUAAUCUUGAACAACAAGAGCCGUGGGCAGUUAUUGUUGCUCCAACUAGAGAACUUGCAGUUCAGAUUGCCACUGAAGCUCGCAAGUUUGCUUAUGACAGUUGUGUAAAGACAGCCGUGGUGUAUGGUGGUACCUCUGUGGGCUAUCAGACUAGCAGAAUAAGAGGUAUUCAUUUACUCGUAGCAACUCCAGGACGACUUCUGGAUUUCGUUGAAAAAGGAAAAGUUUCAUUUUCUCAAAUUCGUUAUUUUGUUCUUGAUGAAGCUGAUCGUAUGCUGGAUAUGGGUUUUGCGCCAGCAAUUCGCAAGAUGGUCGAACAUUCAUCUAUGCCAGAAAAAGGUGUGCGUCAGACUUUAAUGUUUAGUGCAACAUUCCCAGAAGAUAUUCAAAAAAUGGCUGGAGAUUUCCUCGAUAACUACUUAUUUUUAACUGUUGGCAUGGUUGGUGCUGCCAAUGCUGAUGUCGAACAAACAUUCUUCAGUGUAGGACAAUAUGACAAACGGCAAAAGUUGAUGGACAUUCUUAAAGAUGUUGGUACUGAUAGAACUCUUGUUUUUGUGGAACAAAAAAGAACAGCGGAUUUCAUUGCUUCACUUUGCUCUCAAAAUAACAUUCCAACCACAAGCAUUCAUGGAGAUCGACUACAACGUGAACGAGAAGAAGCAUUGCGAGAUUUUAGAACUGGUAAAAUGCCUGUGUUAGUAGCCACAGCUGUUGCAGCUCGAGGUCUCGAUAUUAAGGAUGUGAAACAUGUUAUAAAUUAUGAUCUUCCACAAACAAUUGAUGAGUAUGUUCACCGAAUAGGAAGAACGGGUAGAGUUGGAAAUCUAGGAAAAGCCACUAGUUUUUAUGAUUCCAAUGCUGAUCAGCCAUUAGCAAGAUCAUUGAAAAAGAUCUUAAUUGAUGCACACAAAGAAGUACCUGAUUGGCUUUCUCAAGAAGCUGAUCAAGCUGUAGGUACAACUGUACAAUAUGGUGGCCGAGGCAAUUUUGGUUCUAGAGAUGUCCGUAAUAACAGGGGUCGUGACAAGCCAAUAAACUCCAACGAUGCAUUUAAUAAUUAUAGUAGCCAACCAACAUCGUUCAGUGAACCUGUAGCUGAUGAAGAAGACUGGGGUUGAAAUGUUUCUGUUAGUUUUGAACUUUCUGUUUGAAUUAAACGUACUGUGACCAAUUGUAUUAUAUGUAAAAAGGAAAGCAGAAAUAUAUUUUCAUUUAGCUUUUCAUGUCUAAAAUUGUUUUGAUAAUUUUAAACAAGUUUAAAUGUGCCACAUUGUACAUAUCCAAAUCAAGUGAUCUUUCAGUGUGUUGUAUUUUUAUGAAAACUAAAAAAUUCACGGAAAAGUUAUUUGUUGUUCAAGUUGUUUAUGUACCAGAAUCGUGACUAAUAUAAAAAUGUUACCAGCAUUUUAUACAGCUGACGAGUUCUCUUUUGAUUGUAAAGGAGAACAUUUUUUAAAACAUUUCAUCAUAUUCAAAGUCUUGAUCAACAUGAACAAAUAUUUCACCCUCUACUUGUAUUUUCUCACUGGAUUUUACAUCUUGAUUUUCUUCUUCAAUUUGUUUGCUUUGUGUAUAAAAAUCUUCGGGAUCGAUGUCAUCCCUCUUUUUUCUUCCUAAAUAUACUGGUGUCUGCUUUACUCCCUAUAAAAAUUUAAAAGCAAUUCAUGUGAUAAAUGUUAAAAAAUAUUGUUAAAAAUAUAUGUUGUAAUAAAGAUUGAUAAUAAAGCAAAGCA